GCAAUCGUUGGGGCCGGAGGAGUCCAAAAUGAUUGGCUCGUACAAGUUGGUUGCCAUUGUGCUCAACGAGGACAGCAAGUGGGUUCAUAGGAAUGAGGAUCCGACCCGUUUGCUCCAGAAUUUGCCCAUCGAGAGCGUCCAAGAUCUGAAGAAUCGUUGCCAGGGGAUCGUCGACUCGGGCUUUAUGAUGUUGUACGAUCAUCUGGCCAAGGACGAGCUGGAGGAAUGCAAUCAGAAAGGGAAGCUCACAGCCAAGCUGAAGGAUCUUCUGAGCCGGCAAAUGUCCAGCAUCGCUGAGAGCAUCGACCAGGUGUGUGUGACACCUGUCUGCCAACAGGUUUCGCCCAACAAGGAUCAGUACAGCGACAAAAGCGAACUGCGGGAGCAGAAGCAGCUCAUGGAGGCUCGGUUGUUACAGAUCCAUAAGGCCUACAACGGAGAGAUGAUUAGGCUCAAGGCGGACCUCGAGGAAAAGCUGAAGGCGGUGGAGGAAAACUGGCAGCAGACGGUGGUCGAGCUGAAGCUGAUGCUACGACUCUACGAGGCACAAAACGACGAAAACUUAAGGGAACUGGCCCAAAAGAAUACCUCUUUGACGACUAAGGACAACACCAUCGCGUCGAUGAAGGCUGAGAUGGAGAACCUAAUGUCUCGCAAUACGGCGCUGGAUCAGCUAGUGAAGGAGUCGGAGGCUAUCGUGCUCCAGGCUCAGAAAGAAGUCGAAAGAAACGGGGAAUAUGUAGUCUCUCUGGAGAACAAGUUGAAGGUCCAACAACAGAAGCGUCAGGAUGGACUCGACCAGCUCGUUGUGGAGAGAGAUCAGAUAAUAGCCGAUUUGAAACUAAAGGUCCUGAAUAACAAGCAAUUCAAGACCUAUGUCCACCGACAAAAGAAGAAUACUCGCAAGUUGCAGGCGGGGAACGCUGAGCUGGAUAUAAAGAUCCAACAGACGAGGGCCGAGAUCAGGGAGCUGGAGGACCAUUUGAGGAGUACAGCAGUCCAGCUUGACUCCAGUUACCAAAGAGAGCAGCAGCUGCACUCGCAUCUGAAGGAUGUGAAGACGGAGCUGUGCAGGUCCGAGCAGCUGGUGAUCCAGAUGAGCGAGGAGGCGAAGGCGGUUCGGAGGAGGAAUCCCACGCCCAACGACCACCAACAGAAAAUUGACCAACUGUGCUUCGAAUCUGCCGAGAAGGACAAGAAAAUAAAUAAGUUAACCAUCCAGCUGGAGUCGAAGGAGGAGCAAGUACGCCUCGUCUGCGAGAAACUUAAUCGCAGGCAGAAGAAGCUCAAGUGCAUGGAGAAUUCUAUAAACCUGCUCACGGAGCAGAAUAUUCACCUCUCCGAGCUCCGGAAUAGGCAUCGUGAGAAUGAGUUCUUGAUGGAACGUGAAAUUUCCCAACUAAUGGGCUCCAUAAAGGUGUAUCAAGAUCAUAUUAGCAACAACAGACGACCAGAACAAUCAACUGAACUGAAUGAAUACUACUGUAUAGAUCCCUCUCUCCAAAAUCAGCAGACGCAGGAGAAUUUUCAGUUGCAUGGAAAUUACUUUCGGCCACUUCAUAGCCACCUUGCCAGGCAGCAGCAGCAGCAGUAUGUGCAUCAGCAUUAGAUUAGCAAUCAAAUUUCGUGAUAGUAGGUGGAGCAGAUACAAUACAAUAUCAAAUGGAUCAAUCAGACAAAUUUAUUGUUAUAA